UGACGAUUUUAGCAUACAAGGAUGAAUGGAAUAUCCGUGUUUUUCUCGUUGUCACUACAUCCCCAACCGUGUUCCCCUCUGAACCUACGGAACCACAAAACAAAACAAAAACAAACCAACGAACAAGUUGAUAACUGAAGACCCUCUUUUGAACCAUAUUUUCUCCACCCACUUACUUUCUCUGUUUGCUCUUCCUUCGCUGUGACUCAACCACGAGCACGGUUAAGGUUUUGCAAACAUGAGCGGAAAAGCCUCCGUCUCCAAGGAGCUCCAUGCCAAGCACACCAAGAUAUUAGAGGGACUUGUUAAGCUACCUGACAACAGGGAAUGUGCAGACUGCAGGACCAAGGCACCACGAUGGGCAAGUGUGAACUUAGGGAUAUUCAUUUGCAUGCAAUGUUCAGGAAUUCACCGUAGUCUUGGAGUGCAUAUAUCAAAGGUGCGGUCCACAACUUUGGAUACAUGGUUGCCAGAUCAAGUUUCUUUUAUGCAAUUAAUUGGUAAUGCAAAGUCAAAUAAGCACUGGGAGGCAGAAUUACCGCCAAAUUUUGACAGAAAUGGAUAUGGAGUUGAGAAAUUCAUUCGUUCCAAGUAUGUGGAGAAAAGAUGGGCUUCAAAAGGUGGACUACAGCCAGCUUCAAAGUCAGCUGAAAUAAUCUUUAACUCGAAUGAAUCACCAGCUGCUAGGGCCAAGAGUGCCACUCAGAGGAAUAGGAGAUUGUCUCUUGAGGAAAGCAUUCUUGUGAAACAUGUGGCACAAAUUCGGCCUCCAGUCACGAGAUAUCAUGAGGGCUCCUCAGAUUUUCAAAAGAAUUCACCACCACCACCAUUAAGGAAGCCAUCUGCAUCAUUUGAUUUUGACUACACUAGGGGAAAGAACAAUGGUAUUGUUGAUCAUUUUGACUUGUUUUCCAUCCAUGAUGAUAAACAGGAUUUCUCAACUACACCUCCUAGCUGGACAACAUUUGAUUGAGAAGGCUUAUGAGGUGUAUGUUUGUAGAUUGAUGAGCUAGCCCUUCGCGUAGAUGUCCCAACAUUGUAGUUGCAGAUGAUCUUGCAAUGUUGAAUGAACUUUGAGCGGCACUGAUGACCCUUAUAGUUUUGUACGUUUUCCUAAACCGAGAGACUUGUCGUGGUUUGCGGCCUUACAAUUGCCUGAAAUAGUUCAACUCAGCUCGAAGUGCAUCUUUAUACAUUACAAUAGAAGUAAAUACCCAUUACAACUUUACAAGGUUUAGGGACAAAGAUUUCAACCAACACACGUUGCUGCAGGAUAUAAAUUUGGAGCACAUCUGCACCGCUUUGGCGUUGAUGUAUCACACAGCCUGAGAUUGUUCAUAGAAUGGUUUGAUUUGCACUGUAGCUCCUAUUACACCCAUUGAUUGAGAUUAACAAAAGGGAUUAAGGGAAUUAAAUUUCAGUGUCAAUUAAAGAUUCUGUGACUGAUCAAGAUGUUGUUAUAUGCCCCAGCCUAAGUUUUUGUUCUUUUUCUAGUGCACCCUUUUCUUUUAUUCAUCAGUCAAAACACAGAGAAUCUUAACUUUCUUCAGUGGAUUUUGAGUUGCU